AUGGACAAGGCCAAGGCAGCUAUCACCGACUUCAUGGGCCGCUCCGGUCACCACGACACCACUGUCCACGAGGCAGUUGCCCCCGCUGUUCAGCACGAGGUCAUCAAGCCUCACGUACACGAGGAGGUCAACACUGCCAUUGACAAGGAGGUUCACCAGGAUCACUACCACCGCACUGUUCAGCCCAUCCAGGACCGUGAGGUUCUCCCAGAGCAACACACUGCUAAGCUCGGUGCUGUUCAGCACCGCGAGUUUGACCACCGCGAUGCCGAUGCGACUAAGAGGGCUCUGAUCGACGACCAAGCUCGCUUUGCUGACGAGCGCCGCAUUGAGGACACCACCCACAGCCAGAGUGUUGCUCCCACCGUAGGCGGAGAGCACGUCCACCACCACAUCCACGAGACUAUCCAGCCCGUUGUCCAGAAGGAGACUAUCCAGCCCAACGUCGUCCACACCACUGUCCCCAUCCAUGAGGUUCACCAUAACAAGGCUACUCACCAUGAGACCACCGCUCUCCCCGCUAUGACCAUGGAGCAGUUCAAGGCUAAGGGCGGUGCUCUUACUGGCCGUGAGGAGCGCUACGACGAGUUCGAGGGUGUUCCCAAGAACAUCGGCGGUGCUGGUGGUAUCGGAGCUGCCGCAGGUCUCACCCAUAAGACUGUUGGCUCCCACGGCCACGAGCACGCCCGCCACGGCGACUACGAUGCUACCCCCAACCACCACAGCGAUGCUGGUCUGAGGCAGGGUGGUCUUACCCACAACUCCACUUCCACUGGUACCCACAACCCUCUUGACCGCAACAACGACGGCAAGGUCAGCGCCAAGGACUUGACCGGCAGCCACUCAAACACUACCUCUACCGGUACCCACAACCCUCUUGACCGCAACAACGACGGCAAGGUCAGCGCCAAGGACUUGACCGGCAGCCACUCAAACACUACCUCUACCGGUACCCACAACCCUCUUGACCGCAACAACGACGGCAAGGUUGGUGCCGGAGACCUGACCGGUAGCCACUCAAACACCUCCCACACUGACCGUGGUAUGGCUGGCCAGGGCAACCUGACCGGCUCUUCCACUCAGGGAGGAGUUGUUGGCAGCGGUGUUGGUGACCGCAACCACGAUGGCAAGAUCGACAGCCACGAUCUCAAGGACCCCGCCCGCAGCGGCAACCACGGUGCUACAGGUACGAAAGAUUCCAGCGGCCAUGUGGUCGGCGGUACUGACAAGGGCCAUAUGGAGCACCGUCCAAAUGAGGAUGGAAGCUUGCCCAAGGCCCUUACCGAAGACCGCUCCAGAGCCCCUUCAUUGAUGGACAAGCUCAACCCUAAGGUUGAUGCCGACGGUGACGGCAAGGCUGGAUUCAUGAAAUAA